AUGUCCGAACUCCUAAUCCGUGCCAUGGAGCAAGCAACUGUGCAUCUGCUGCUCUCCGAGCCUGCAUUCCAGCCGCUAGCUCCAUUGCUCGCUGCAAAUUCCGGGGACGCGAGCUGUGCUACCAGCGUGGACACGCGUCUCGUCGCCAGUGGCUGCGUGGAGCUGACGGACGAAUCGGAUUUCCUACAGGCAGCAUGCGAAGACGGUCGGAUCUCCAUCAUUGGAUUCGGACCCUCUCAGCUUCACCCACCUCUCUCCACCCCUCCCCAUUCCACUCCGCCCUCCCCGAACCCAUCCUACCGUUCCCCAUCCCUUUCCACCCCUCUCCCCCACCAAGAGCGCAGUGCACGCACACGUUCCCAUCACUGGAUGGAGGGGUUUCGCCAGGCCAGGCUGAGAGGGUUCCGCCUGGUGCAUCAUGGUUUCGCUCGUCCUCCUGCUCAACCCCUCCCCAAACCCCCUCACCACCCCUCUCCACCCCUCUCCACCCCUCUCCGCCCCUCUUCACCCCUCUUCAUCCCUCUCCUCCACCAAGAGCGCAGUGCGCGCAGCACGUUCCCAUCACUGGAGGGGUUUCGCCAGGCCAGGCUGAGAGGGUUCCGCCGGGUCUUCUGUCACGCUGCGCCCGUGUUCUUUAUAAGGGGGAUUGCUAAUAGCGAGACCAAGGAGUAUUCGAGCCUGAGUGUGGAGCCCUGCGAGAAAGAGGAGAUCGUUGUCACGCUCUUCUCCAUACCCGCCACUGAGGUGCCAGCAUUUAUCGAACGAGAGCAUGAGUUCCGGUUCCUUCUUGUUCCCCCCAGCAGAUUAUCACCAAUCGCAGCAUCACCGGAUUCAGCAGCAGCAGCGUCAGCAACACUAGCACAUGAAUUAACACACGCGGUCAUCUGCAGCCGCUACAGCGAUCAAGAGUACCUUCAAAUCCGUCUGAAAGGUGACAGGGAGGAGUAUGAGAGGCAGUACGGCAGGUGGGAUGUGGAGAGGGUGUGGGACGACACUCUACUGCCUUGCCGCGUCUACCUCAGACACUGUGUGCUGGCAGCACAAGGGCUGGGAGAGGAGGCUCUGGCAAGUUUCCUAGACCACACGUUUCUGGCCGACCGCCACACCACCAUUCGUCAGUACCUGCUUCAGCACCCAGACAUCAUGUCCGAGCCUCCUCCGCCGAGCCUGGCAGAUAGUUAUAACUAUGGUAAUGUGCAGAUGUAA